AUGAUUGCUCGGCCAUCUGGCUUACCGGCUUGCGAGACCGUACAGCUAUUUCUACGAAACAAAUACGAUGAAACGGAGAAUCGUCUCGGACAUGCCCAAGUCCUUCAGCUCCUAAAGUUCUGUUUCAGGACGUACUUCACGUUUGACGGAACAAUCUACGAGCAAGUGAAGGGAACACCAUUGGGCUCGCCGAUUUCGGGAUACAUCGCCGAGGCGGUGCUAAAGCGGUUGGAGUCGCUGGUCUUCCAACUCCACAGACCGAAAUUCUGGGCUCGGUAUGUGGACGAUACCUUCGUCGUCAUCGAACGGGAUCAGGUGCUAACGUUCAAAGAACGUCUCAACAGCGUCUUCCCGGACAUAAAAUUUACGAUGGAGGAGGAAGAGAAUAACCAGCUGGCAUUCCUUGAUGUCCUCGUCUGUCGCAAAUAUUGUGGUGGCCUAAAGACCAAAGUGUUCAGAAAAGCAACGAACACGACGCAAAUUCUGAAUUUCAACAGUAACCACCCAAUCAGCCACAAACGCAGUUGCGUAAGGACGCUAUUUCGGCGUGUUGAGACGCACUGCAGUGAACCGGAAGACAAGGUUGCCGAAUUCCAAUAUCUUCGACGGGUUUUCCGAGAAAACGGUUACCCGCGCAACUUCGUCAACCAGUGCCUGCGCAAACGAGACGAGCGACAAGAUCGCGCCGAUCCCAAAUUCUGGCGAGCGAUUCCGUACAUCAAGAACGUCUCCGAGGUCGUUAGUCACCUUCUUGCACCACUUGGGGUUGGAGUUGGGCACAGACCGGAGGCCACCAUGAGGCGUCAAGUGAUGAGACCAAAAGACUCACUGCCACGGCAAGAAACAUCUGGAGUCGUUUACCGGAUCUGGUGCAGUUGCGGACAAAGCAACUACGUCGUAGAAACUGGAAGACUGCCCCGGACGCGAAUCGCCGAACACGUGGCAGCUAUACGGUGA